AUGUCCCGCGCAUAUGAAAUGUCUAUACCGAGGACAUGUUGUCGGUAUAAUGUUCUCGGAGUUGGGAGUGCUCUUGGAGUCUUAGUACUUGUUUUUGGUACAUGGAGACUAUACAAAUUCAUAAAGAAAAGAAAAGAAAUUAAACAGAAAAAAAUAUUUUUCAAACGAAAUGGUGGUCUUUUGUUGGAACAGCAAAUACACUCGAGUGAAAACAAUGUCGAGCGAACUAAGUUGUUCGAUUCAAAAGAGUUAGAGAAGGCAACUGAUCAUUUUAAUAUGGACACAAUUCUUGGUCAAGGAGGCCAAGGCACUGUGUACAAAGGAAUGUUAGAAGAUGGAAAAAUUAUUGCAGUAAAGAAAUCUAAAAUUAUUGAUGAAGCCAAAGUCACUGAAUUCAUUAAUGAGGUUGUUAUUCUUACGCAAAUCAACCAUAGAAAUGUUGUCAAGCUAUUGGGAUGUUGUUUGGAGACAGAUGUUCCACUUCUAGUUUAUGAAUUUGUCCCAAACGGAAUGCUUUCCGAGUAUAUUCAUGACAAAAAUGCAGAGUUUCAUUUUACAUGGAGCAUGCGAUUGCAAAUUGCAACUGAAGUUGCGGGAGCUCUCUCAUACUUACACUCAACAGCUUCUUUUCCAAUUUAUCAUCGAGAUGUUAAGUCUACAAACAUACUCCUUGAUGAAAAAUUGAGAGCUAAAGUUGCAGACUUUGGUACAUCAAGAACUAUUUCCUUGGAGCAAACACACUUGAUCACGGUAGUUUAUGGCACAUUUGGUUAUCUAGAUCCAGAAUAUUUUCAAACAAGCCAAUUUACAGAUAAGAGUGAUGUUUAUAGUUUUGGAGUGAUUCUUGUUGAACUCUUGACCGCAGUUAUAUUUGUCAAUUUAAAUCAAUUAUGCGGCUGGCAUGCGUUGGGCUUGUGGGCUGGGCCGAGUGGAGGAAAUGGCAGCAGUUGGUGGCUGGUGGAUGUCUCCGUGGGUCUGGCGCUGCUGGAAGAGAGAUGGGCUUUGGAUGUUAGGCUGGCCCGUUUUGCUGAGCCUGCUGAACGUGGCGGCUGGAGAAUUGAGCAUGGCUGUGAGGGAGAGGCAGCGACAAGUGAUGGCAAGAGGAGCUUCAUUGGGCUGGGGCUGCUUAUGGGCCUUUGA